AUGCAUAUUGUCUACAUCCUCUUAUCAGCCGUUUCUCUUCUUGCCGUUGGAUCCAAUGCCGCCCCAUUGCUCCUCUCUCCCGAUAGAGUAUUCGCUCCCCUAGGUACUCGUCAGAUUUUGGGGGAAGGCGAGACAAUAUUUCUAGCUCGUCGAGAAUGCUCUGUUCAUGGCUCUUGCAACUAUUCGUUGACGAAGCGAGCCGGUGGCCAGCAACAUCAGAAUGAGGCAGUCGGACUAACCACGACGGGAUUCCAUCCGGUCCCUGAGAAUGCAAUUUACAGGACGCAAAAUGGCGUGUACACGGGAAAGGACGUGAACAAGCAUGCUGCAGCAUUUGUUCAUGCCAUUCAAAAUGCACCAGCAUAUAUCAGCAGAAAAAAGUCCCAAAACUCUCAAAGCUACCCAAAGUUUAGCACUGGCUUUCAGAACACAGACCCGGAGAACACAGCCAAGCACAGUACAACGAGCGUCUCGUACCAUCACCCAAUCCAUCCAAAUGUGCUGGGAGUUACGUUGCGAACGGAUGCCAAGAAUAGGCCAGGAUCAGACCGUAUUGUUGGGUGGCGUUCAAUACACGACGGGAAUUUAAACAUUGGGGUAUCGUAUCAUGAUACUACCAAGCCUGUCCCCAUAACACAAGGAGCCGGCAGACAGUCCACCAAUCAUCCAUUCACUCUCGUUCAUCCCGAGCCGGCUGGCAAGGUCAAGCAGUUUAAGGCCAAGGCGGGGAUGGUAGGGUCAAGGUUGUGGAAAGGGGCGAGGGCUCUUCCGUCGAAGGUUUUCCAUGGGGCCAAGGCUCUCCCGUCAAAACUAGUUCACGGUGCAAAGACUCAUUCAGCGAAGGCGACGCAUGCGGUCAAGUCCACGGCCGCGAGUCUGUGGCACGGCGCCAAAUCACGACUGGGCAUUGGGAAGAAGAAACAGCAUUAG